AUGUUUGUCGGCGCAGGACUUUACUUUCUGUUAGUCAUUUUCACUGCAGAUAUAAGAAAAAAUAUUCUACCGAAGAAAUUUAAUUACAAAUAAAACUGUAUUUUAAAAUAUUAAACAAAUCAAACAACGAAAAGAAUUAAAUAUUGGCAAGCAUUAUAAGAAAUCUUAUAAAUUUCAUUGUGUAAAAAGAAAAUUUAAAACGAUAAAAGAAAAAAUUUCAUUCAUUUAAUAAACAACUAGCUAAAAACUUAAAUUGUCUAAAAAAUGGGUAUUUUUUCACAAUCUACUAGCUUUGAUGCUGAUGUGGAAAAGGCCACCAGUGAAACUAACACUAAUGAAAACUGGACAUUAAUAUUAGAGGUGUGCGAUAAAGUCUCCCUUAACCCUCGAAAUGCCAAAGAAUGUUUAAAAGCCAUUAUGCGACGAAUGGCCCACAAUGAUCCGCAUAUUGUAAUGCAGGCUAUCACAUUGUUGGAUGCCUGUGUUAGCAAUUGUGGUAAAACUUUUCAUUUAGAAAUUGCCUCUCGUGAAUUUCAAACUGAAUUUAUUCGUUUAUUGGGAAAGGUCCAACCAAAAUUACAAUCGAAAAUGUGUCAAGUUUUGAAGGGAUGGGCUGAAGGUGAUUUUAGAAGUGACCCCGAGCUAAAUUUAAUACCUUCAUUAUAUGCAAAAUUGCGUCAGGAGAAUUAUGACUUCAGUAAUUACAAUGAUAAACCUGCAAAGUCAGCGGUAAAAUUAGCGGCUCCCAAAGAUCCUAAUGUUGUUAGCAGCCAACAGGAAGAGGAUGAUUUGGCCAAAGCUAUAGAGUUAUCUUUGAAGGAGGUAAAAAACAGUCCAAAACAAGCAUCAUCAGCAGUAUCUGCUAACUAUCCAUCUUUGUAUCCUACGAUGUCAGCGUCUUCAGUUACUCCUUCCGCUAUUGAACCACGAAAGGUACGUGCCUUAUAUGACUUUGAGGCGGCAGAAGAAAAUGAGCUUACCUUUGUUGCUGGUGAAAUUAUUCAUGUCACUGACGACUCCGAUCCAAAUUGGUGGAAGGGCUACAAUCAACGCAGCGAAGGCCUGUUUCCUUCUAAUUUUGUAACGGCCGAUUUAUCCAUUGAUCCAGAUCGUUUGGAAAUAAAUCAACAACAUAAAGUAAAAAAGAGCACUCAAUUUGAAGAGGAUGCUAAAGAGUUACAACAAAAAACGGAAGCCGCUGCUGCAGCUGCGGCAACGCAAAGAAUAGAUAUCGAUGAGCAGAAGAUUGAUCGUUUAUUACAUUUAUUAAAUGAGGCCAAUCCCGAGGACCCCUCCCAGGAUACCGAAGAAAUGUUAAGAUUAGAACAGGAAGUACAUCAAAUGGGCCCUUUAAUCGAUGCCGAACUAGAGCGGGUUGACCGUAAACAUGCCCAACUCUCGCAACUGUCAAGUGACUUAGUUGAUGCUAUUAAUUUGUAUCACUCCCUAAUGAGAGAUGAUCGAAAUGCAAUGGGUUCACCCUACAACAUCGCCGGAGCUUUGUCUAGCAUGCCAUUGGGAGCAGCCGGUUUUCCUGGUCACUCUAAUAUAAUGUUUGGUACAAAUCCUGUAUUUGGUGGAGCUUUUGGUCCACACAGCUUUCCACUUGGAAUGAAUUCUUUACCUUAUUCUCCACAAGCUGGAAACUAUGCAACGCAACAUCAGAUGCCUAGCAUACCAAUGCCAUAUCAAAAUGGACAUUCUGCUAACCAACAACCACAUUCGCUGCAAGGACUGCCACCACAACAACAUCACCUACAAAGUCAUUCGCCAUAUGAAUCACAGCAGCAGAUGACUGCAAAUAACUUAAGUAGGGGCGUUGAGUCUCAACAACAGCAACAACAGCAUGUACCAAAUCAACAGGGCAAUUUCAAUCAUAUGUUGCCUAACCAACAGCAGCAUUAUCAGCCACAACAAAUUCCAACAGUUACAACAGCUGGUACGGAAAUACCUACAAACCAGUUGGUAUCGUCCACACAGCAACCACACGUCUCUCAACAGCAAACACAACCACCUAAUCAGUUUAUUUCAACGCAACAUCAAGUCCAACAACCUACUUACAUGAAUAGUCCAUCGAAUCAACCCUCAGCUAAUCCUCAUUUUUACAAUAAUUCGGUAGGUGAUCAACAAGCUCCGUCUAUUAUGGCUACUCCACAACAUGUAGCCAACAAUAUACCACCUCCAACGGGAACACUUGAUCAAUUUGGACAAUUGCAACAGCAAAUGGCCAAUAUGACAAUGACUGGUCAACAACCAUAUCAAGCAAAUAUACCACAAAACAUUCCAAUUUACCAACAACAGCGGUAAGAGAUUACCAUCAUCAGAAUCAUACUCCAAAAGGGAAAUAAAAAAAAAACAAUAAACUAUUCCAUUAAGUGGUUUUUAAUAAUUGAUCAUUAACUUUAAUUUAUAUAACUUUAAGCAUACUCUUACUCCCACUGGAGCAAAGGGCGCCAAACGUCUUUGACGUCAAAUAUUAAUGCGUAUUUUGAAAUUAAAAUUUUUAUUUUGGUUUUAUAAUGGAAUUAUUUUUUAUCAUAAAUAAUUUAUUAAUCACACCAAACACUUUGUAAACACUGUUUCCUAAUUGUAUAGUUUUCAUUUUGUAUUAAUCUCUUUCGGUCUCCGUGCUUACAUAGACACAUCGUUUUAUAAUGUACCGGAGUUUGUAUGAUUGUAUUGAGAUAAAUUGGACCAUACAUUGUUAAACGAAGAAUGUUAAUAACAAAAACGUAAUUUUUAAUUCAAAAGAAAACAUUAAAAUGAAAUCUUAAUAAA